AUGGACCAACCCUCCGCCUUCAGCUUGAGCCUGACGUGGUGCCUGGAGCAACUUCAAGCCGAGCAGUUAGGGCAGUUCAAGGAGCUCCUCACGCAGAAAUCCGAGGAGUCUGGUCUUGCGCAGACCCCCUGGAAUGAGACCAGUGGGGCCUCCCGGGGCGAGCUGGCCUUGCUGCUGGAGAAGUGCUACCCGAGCCAUCAGGCGUGGGAGCUGACAAUGAGCGUACUCGAGCAGCUCGGCCGGAGAGACGUCUGCAUGGAGGUGGAGGAGGAGCUGAAGAGGGCGUCGGUGGGUGAGCUGGCUGUGCUGUUGGCAGGGGCGUCGGUGGGUGAGCUGGCUGUGCUGUUGGCAGGGGCGUCGGUGGGUGAGCUGGCUGUGCUGUUGGCAGGGGCGUCGGUGGGUGAGCUGGCUGUGCUGUUGGCAGGGAGAUCAGAGACACACAAGGCUCAGAUGAGGGAGAAGUUGGAGUUGAUCUGGACCGAGGAGACCCGCGUUCCGGUCCCGGAUUGGCAGUACAUGAGCACUGUGGAGAAUGAGUUCAACGCGCUGCUCACGGCCGUUGGCCGCUUUCCGGGGCCCUGCACUGUGGUCGUGAGUGGCCCCGAGGGGGUCGGCAAGACCAUCUUCCUGAGAAGAGCCAUGCUGGAGUGGGCCAAGGGGACCAUCUGGAGCAACACGUUCACGCAUGUCUUCUUCAUCCAUGUCUUUGAACUGAACGGCCUGGAGGAGACCAGCCUGGAGGAGCUGCUGUUGGGAGACUGGCCUCCGGAAGCCGGGGCCCUCCAAGACGUCUUCUUAAGGCCAAGCAGAGUGUUGCUCAUCCUGGAUGGCUUUGAGCGGCUCAAGUUUGACCUGAAGCUCAGGACGGACGCACGUGGCGACUGGAGGCGACGAUGGCCCCCGGCCGUGCUCCUGAGCAGCCUGCUGCAGAAAACCAUGCUUCCAGAGUGCUCGCUGCUGCUGGGCUUCGGAAAGCAGAGCAUGGCCAGGCAUGGCUCCCUGCUGCAGCAUCCCAGCCAGCUGCAAAUGCUGCCGCUCAUAGACAUCCACAGAAAGAAUUAUUUCUACCACUUCUUUGAGGACCGGCGACAGCGCAGCCAAGCCUUAGAGUUUGUGGAGAGCCUUCGGCCUCUCUGGGUCAGCUGCGAGAGCCCCUUGACCACGUGGCUGGUGUGUACGGCUCUCAAGUGGCAGAUGGACCGCGGAAAGAGGCUGGAAUUCUACCCUCAGUCCUCCACCUACCUCUACUCGAGCUUCUUGACCUCGGCUCUGCGGACAGCAGAGGCGGGCAGAGUCCCACCGAACGCCAAGAGAGCGCGCCUCAAGGGGCUGUGCGCCCUGGCCGCAGAGGGCAUGUGGACUCAGACAUAUGUGUACAGCCGGGGGGACAUGAUGCGGCACGGGGUCUCCGAGGAGGACGUGGCCAUGUGGUUGAAUUUGAAGUUCCUGCGGCCCAGAGGGGAGCGCUUCAUGUUCAACAACAACUCCCUGCAAGGUUACUGUGCUGCUCUGUCCUACUUCCUCAGGCAGCCCAGAGACCCACCCGUGGGCAACAUCGGCACAGUGGCCCACCUGGUGGCCACGAGCAUGGGGCGCGAGCACACGAACCUGUGCGACACAGGGAUGUUCCUGUUCAACCUCUCGGUCCGGAAUAUCCUCGGCUUCCUGGAGUCCCGCUUGGGCUUCCAGCUAUCCAAGGCCAUCAGAGAGGAUAUCCUGGAGACCCUGCAGUGCCUGAGCAAAACGGCUGCCCAAGACAUCAAUUAUGAGGUGCUGUUCCUGGCACUGUUUGAAAGCCAGGACGAGCAGUUUGUCCUCAGGGCGAUGGCUUUCUUCGAGGAUCUGUUCCUCAACAUUCAAAGCGCCGACCACAUGGUCAUCGCUUCCUUCUGCCUCAAGUACUGCUGCAACCUGAAAAUGAUGCACCUGUGUGUCAACAAGGUGUUCCCCUACCAGGAUCAGGCCUUCAGUGAAGCGGAAACCAUCCAAUACUGGAAGGAAUUUUGCUCAGCAUUCCAGAGAAAAAAGUUCCAGGUGCUGAAACUGGACAACAGCACGCUGGACCACGUGUCCCUGUCUAUCCUCCUCAAAGCCGUGGCCCAGCCCACGUGCCGACUAAACAGCCUGUCGUGUAAUUUUGUCAAGAACUUCGGACUCGGGUUGGAGUUCUGCAAGGCGGUGCUUCACAGCUCCCACCUCCGAUACCUGAGCCUGUACGGCACCAGCCUCUGCCAGCCGGCUGUCUCCUUCCUGUGUGAGGCGCUGAGGGCCCCGUCCUGCAAGGUGGAGGUGCUCAUGUACCUGCUCCUGUUGGACUUCACCCUGGACGCUGCGCGGAAGCUGACCCGCUGCGCAGGCAUCGAGUCCCUAAGCUGCAGACUGGGCAAGUGUGACAUCCAAAGCCAAGCUGGUAAAGACCUCGGCUCCCUGCUCGACUACAACACUACGCUCAAGUGCCUCUCCCUGAUGGAAAAUGCGCUGAACAACGAAGGAGUGAUCGCGCUGUGCAGGAACCUGGGGCGGCGCCAGUGCGCCCUGCAGAGGCUCAUAUUAAACUUCUGCUGCGUCACCACCGAGUCUUGCAACCACAUUGCCCAAGCCCUCGUGUAUACCACGACGCUGCGCAUCCUGGACCUGGGCUCCAACAUGCUGGGCGACGGAGGGGUGGCCAUCCUCUGCGAGGCCCUGAAGCAAUCAAGCUGCAAACUGCAGGAAUUAUGGCUGACGAGCUGCUACCUCACUCAGGCUUGCUGCCAUCACCUAGCUCCUGUUCUCACGAACAGUGAAAACCUCAAGACCCUGAAACUUGGCAACAAUAGUAUCCAAGAUGAAGGCGUCAAAGUCUUGUGCAAAGCCCUGAGACAGCCCAGCUGCCGCCUGCAGCGCCUUGGCCUGGAGAUGUGCCAGCUCACCGGCGCCUGCCUGGAAGACCUGGCCGUGGUGUUCGCAACCUGCAAGACCCUGCAUAUGUUGAACCUCAGCCUGAUCACGCUGCAACGUGAGGAAGUGAAGGCGCUGUGUACAGCCUUGGCCCACCCCAAGUGUGUGCUGCGCAUGCUCGGGCUGGACAGAGGUGUGUAUGACGAGGAGUCCCAGCUGGUCCUGUCACAGAUGAAGGCCAGAGUGCCCCACCUGGCCAUCGUCCAGGAGCUGUGGCUCGAAGAGGAGCAUCAGAUCCAGGGCGUGGUCCCCCAGGGGGCCUUGCUGACGUAG